CUAUAAGAAGCAGUAUACCACAAACUCUCUCUCCACUCCAUCAGGGUCUCAAAAGUGUCAACUUUUCUCUUCUCUACAGCCUUGAUCAAAUGAGCAGUAGUAGUACACGAAGACAGAGCAUAGAGGUUAUCAGAGACGAUCAAACGACAAAGAAAUGGUGCGUUGCACUCCGAGAAGAUGUGUUCAAACGAUUCAUGUGCCAAGGCAAUAAUAAUACGACAUUAAUCAUCAACAAAGUGUUUGGUGAUGGCUCACUCUUCAGUCCUUUCUUGUUUGGCAAAUUCUUUGAUCCUUCUGAUGCUUUCCCACUUUGGGAAUUUGACUCUGAUAUCUUGUUGUCUAAUCUCCGGACCUUAGGACUAACCACUGUCGAUUGGUUUCGAACUCCUCAUGACCAAAAUUAUGUACUCAAAUCUGAACUACCAGGAAUUGGGGUUGGGAAGACCAGUGUCCAAGUAGUGUAUAAUGAAAAGCAGAAGGCUGUGGAGGUGAGUGGUCUGUGGAACCAACAACAGAGAGAGUCAAAGAGCAUUAUUAAGGAGUGGAGGAGUGGUAAGUGGUGGGAAUAUGGGUAUGUUAGGAGGCUUGAACUGCCUGAGGAUGCAGAUUGGAGAAAAAUUGAGGCAUAUUUGACAAACGACACACUUUUGGAGAUUAAAAUUCCUAAGAAAAAUUUGGAUUUUGAGUCCAAUAGUCUUAGGAAUGACGUCAGUACAAAAAAAUCUGAUGAGGUGUAAGUAAGUAUAGAACUUUGUUUUUACUUCCUUAAUUGCAAUGUAUACUAUUAAAAAAAAUAUGUAGAAAAACAAAUUAAUUAACUGCUGUAUUAAUUAAUUGUUGGUAUAUGGUUACAAUAUUAUAAAAAAAAAUUAUGUAGAAAAACAAAUUGAUUAACUGCUAUAUAAAUUAAUUGUUUGUAUAUAGUUACAAGAAUGUAUAGAAACAGAUUAUUAAGACAUUUACCAAAUAAAACAUUGAUUUAUGAGUGU